AUGACUGUUCCAAUCCCCAGGCCAGGACGACGUUCCCACGCAAUCUUUCCAUGGGCCGCCCUUCUUUCCCUCCUCGGCCUCAUUGCGCCACUGGCCUCUGCUGCCCAGGUAGGCAAGUCGGCUGUCUUACCUAGUGGCUUUGAUUGCUUCCCUAGCUUCCUGGCUGCCGUCGUGAAUGUCGACAAAUCGUGGGCGAGUGCAAAUUGGUUUGUUUCGCCCGCCGAUUUUAUGACCUCGUUCAACGACGAGCAGCAGUAUUCCGAGUUCAUCUUGUCCAGUGUCAAAGACAGCUGGAUGGUCGACCUGUACAUAUACGAAAACCAUUCAGUCUAUAACCACUUGACGUGGGACAGAGCCUACGGUCAAUCCGCUACGACUCACCACUACGAGGCUCAGUUCGUGCAGACCUCGAUGGGGUCAGAAAUCUUCCUCGAUCAGCACAGGCUGCGUGCCCGCGACUUCCUUCUAAGCUCGCUGUUUAGGUACACCGAGUUUUUCAACUCUAAAGUGGUUUUCCAUCCACCGUCCCUGGCCUACACUGGAUCUGGGGCUUUUGUCGACGCAUCUGACGUUUAG